CAUUCAGUAUUUAUCGGAGGUUUCUUCAGGAUCGUGAUAGCUAAAGUUCUUGGCUUUCCCUUACUAGGGUUGCUUGUCCUUACUCGCACCCCUUCAGUUGGUGGGGUCCAGCGUGGCCGGCCUCGCCCGGCGGACUCCACUUCCCAGAGUGCACCGCGGGUCCGUGCGUGGCAGCGGCGCGUGACGUCAGGGGAGGGAGCUGGCCAGUGCUGAGGGGGCGCGGCGCGCAGGGGCGCGGAGCCGGGCGGCUCGGGGCCCAGAGAGCGCCGCGGCCGGGAGCCCGCCGGCCCCUGACAGCCCCCUCCCCCCGGUGGACGACGACGACGAAGAGGGUGCGGGUCAUGGCUGAGCAGCGAACCCGGCACGGGUCCUGAGCACCGCGGCAUGGAGCGGGACGAACGGCCGCCUAGCGGAGGGGGAGGCGGCGGGGGCUCGGCGGGGUUCCUGGAGCCGCCUGCCGCGCUCCCUCCGCCGCCGCGCAACGGUUUCUGUCAGGAUGAAUUGACAGAGCUCGAUCCAGGCACUAAUGAGGAGACUGAGAGUUUAACACUUGGCCAAGGUCACACAACUGUUUCUGUUCCAGAUGAUCGGGCUGAACAACGAACCUGCCUCAUUUGUGGGGACCGUGCCACAGGCUUGCACUAUGGAAUCAUCUCCUGUGAGGGCUGCAAAGGGUUUUUCAAGCGGAGCAUUUGCAACAAACGGGUGUAUCGAUGCAGUCGUGACAAGAACUGCGUCAUGUCUCGGAAGCAGAGGAACAGGUGCCAGUACUGCCGCCUACUCAAAUGCCUCCAGAUGGGGAUGAACCGGAAGGCUAUCAGAGAAGAUGGCAUGCCUGGAGGCCGGAAUAAGAGCAUCGGGCCUGUCCAGAUAUCAGAAGAGGAGAUCGAAAGGAUCAUGUCUGGGCAGGAGUUUGAGGAAGAAGCCAAUCAUUGGAGCAACCAUGGUGACAGCGACCAUAGUUCCCCUGGGAACAGGGCUUCAGAGAGCAACCAGCCCUCACCAGGGUCCACGCUCUCCUCCAGUAGGUCUGUGGAACUAAAUGGAUUCAUGACAUUCAGGGAGCAGUACAUGGGGAUGUCUGUGCCUCCACAUUAUCAAUAUAUACCACACCUUUUUAGCUAUUCCGGCCAUUCACCACUUCUGCCCCCACAAGCUCGCAGCCUGGACCCCCAGUCAUACAGUCUGAUUCACCAGCUGAUGUCAGCCGAGGACUUGGAGCCACUAGGCACACCCAUGUUGAUCGAAGAUGGAUAUGCUGUGACACAGGCAGAGCUGUUCGCCCUGCUUUGCCGGCUGGCUGACGAACUGCUCUUUAGGCAGAUUGCCUGGAUCAAGAAGCUGCCUUUCUUCUGUGAGCUCUCAAUCAAGGAUUACACGUGCCUCUUGAGCUCUACGUGGCAGGAGUUAAUCUUGCUGUCGUCCCUCACUGUUUACAGCAAGCAGAUCUUUGGGGAGCUGGCCGAUGUCACUGCCAAGUACUCACCCUCUGAUGAAGAACUGCACAGAUUUAGUGAUGAAGGGAUGGAGGUAAUUGAGCGGCUCAUCUACCUGUAUCACAAGUUCCACCAGCUGAAGGUCAGCAAUGAGGAAUAUGCGUGCAUGAAAGCCAUUAACUUCCUAAAUCAAGAUAUCAGGGGUCUGACCAGUGCCUCACAGCUGGAACAGUUGAACAAGCGAUAUUGGUACAUUUGCCAGGAUUUCACUGAAUAUAAAUACACACAUCAGCCCAACCGCUUUCCUGAUCUCAUGAUGUGCUUACCUGAGAUUCGAUACAUUGCAGGAAAGAUGGUGAAUGUCCCUCUGGAGCAGCUGCCUCUCCUCUUUAAGGUGGUGCUGCAUUCAUGCAAGACAAGUGUGGUCAAGGAGUGACCUGUUCCCUGCGCCCCCUCAGGCGACUGCAGAGCCUUGGGUAGGCAGGACGGGUUCAGGAAGAGAGCCAGAGACCAAGAUGGAGGCAUGGUGCAGUUGCCUCCAUAACAAGAAGAGUUUUUGUUUGUUUGUCUGUUUUUUUAACCUCAUUUUUCUAUAUAUUUAUUUCACGACAGAGUUGAAUGUAUGGCCUUCAACAUGAUGCACAUGCUUUUGUGUGAAUGCAGCAGAUGCAUUUCCUUGCAGUUUACAAAAUGUGAAGAUGUCUAAUGUUACAGUGUUGUCAUUGUUUAGAGAUAGUUCUUUUGUAUUUUGAGGGAGAGGGUGGGAUGGGCUGAGAUACUGUUUCCGUGUUAACAAAGAUGACUACCUCAAUGGAAGGGGGGUGUAACCAUCCCUACUGUUUCCACUUUUUCUCAGCAGACUUAUGUGUUUGUCUGUCAGAGAGCAAACUGCCUUUUUCUAGCCGUAUACUUGUCAAGUAAGAGUACACCAAAGGGGUGAAGUGGUGGCAGGGAUUCACUAAGCCAGAUGUGCAAGACAUGUGGAACAGGAGAUGAGGGUUGAGCCAUCUCAAUGGAAAGUGCGAGAGUUCAGAUCAGGGCAUAGUGACCAGAUGUAAAGCAGCACAGCAGGUCAGUCCUAAGGGCAAACAGGCUUCUGUUCGCACAUCCUGCUGCCCUCCUCUCCCUGCACCACCCCCAUCCAUUUCUGCCACUGUCAACUGUCCAUCCAGCGAAGAUGUGGCAGUAAGUCAAUCCCUAGGACUUGUGUACCAGCUCCCUCAGGGCUCGCAGCUACCUAGUUUCCUACUUGAUCUUCUAAGCCCUGCCCUUCUCAGACUUCCUUCUCUCUCCCUUAUAAGUUUGACUUCCUUGCAGCCCUUUGAAAAACUAAGCAAAAUGCCAUGUUCUGAAUCCUGAUGCCCAUUACUGAUUUAUUCUUCUCUUGCUUCUUUGCUUCAAAGGGGUAGUAAGACGAAGGCUAAGUUGCUGAAAGAAUAACUAUUCCUCCUUUAGAAUCCCCUGCCCCCACCACCACCCACAGGACUCAAUUGAAACCUGGUCUUUUUUUUUAAAUAGUGGAAAGGACCAUUCACCCUUCUGGCCAGAAACUUUGCUCCUAAAUCCUACUCCAGGUUUUCCUAAUCUCUCCAUAAUGAGACCAGGUUUUCCGAGGGCUCCAGAACGGAAAGCCAGGGUAGCCCAGCUACUCUUUUGUGAAUCAGUGCCUGGCCAACCAAGGCCUGGAGGGCAGGGGCCAAAAGCACCUGGAAGGGAAGGGGGACUUUAAACUACCUCAUGUUUCUAAUGGCCUGUCUGCUACCUCUGCAGGUGUGGCCUGCACCCCUUGUCUUUCACUACCUGCCCCACUUCGUCCCGGGAAGUGUUCCUGCCCCUCUGGACUUUGGCAAGGGCCACACCAUGUCUGUCUUGGAGCUCUUUCAGGUGCUCAUCCCUUCUCUGCCUUAAUGUGGCAUUUGUUCCUGCCCACACUCGGGCACCUCCCGCAGCCAGUGCUCCAGCCAGACCAUGCAGCAAAUGCAGCCUUGGGAGGGCGUGAGGGGCCCACAGCACUUCCUCUGUCAGUUUGGCCAAAGACUGUUUGCUCUCCUGACUCAGCCAGUAUACCUACCCAGGUGACCACCAGUGUGCACAAAUUGGGUAGUCUGCUUCUGUUUAUAAUUUUUUUUUUUUUUUUUUGGUGAAAUGUUACGGGUACCAACUAGCAAAGGAGUGAGGUUUGUCCUUUGCUGGAUCUAAAACUCAGAGCAUUACUCCUCAAUGCCAUUUCCCCAACUGUUCUAAGAGGAGACAUGUUCCUUAGAAAAGCUCCAGCUAGCACAUUUUUCAUAUGGCAUUGGGAAGAUUUAUGUGUUCAUGUGUGUCUAUUAAUUUGUAACUUCACAGUAUUUUUCUUGUUUUCCUGAAUUUUUUAUUUAACCAGCUAGAUCAUAUUCUUUGGCUACAGGUCAGAUUCCAAGCUGCUUUCCUCAAAUAGGGGAAGAGACACAUAUUAGAGACUCCUCCUCUGAGACGGCUCCUGUGUGCAGCAUCUUUUCUUGCUUAGUCCGCCAUCUAUCAAAUCAUUAUUUUUUGAAAUUCCUUUUCAAAUUAAGCAUUUUAUCUGUUGUGUUGGGUGUCAAAGGAAAUUGCUCUCUGAUCAGGCAAGAACGUCUCUCCGAUCAUGUAGUAUUAAACAGAGCAAGUUGUUAAUUUGUGGAGUGGGGAAAGGUUCUGCAAGUUGCCAUUGUACAAAUCCAUUUUUACAAAUGUUUGCAGCAGAUUCCACAGAACAAAGAGCCCAUUCAUUGCCGAGAGCCCUGCAGAAUCUCUGAGCCAAGUGGCUGUGUGUUCCGAGCUGGAGCCUGACCUGUGGACCGUCUUUAAUGUCUUCUGCACCCAGUCCUUUUAUGACGUGGGCUUCUUUUAAACAGGGUAAAGUGAAUGUGUUGCAUUGCAAACUCAGGUAUUAUGAGGAGAAGGUAGGAGUGUAGCUAGCAGCGUGGAGACAUUAGGUCAGCCACUAGAUGUAUUUGUGAAUUUGGUUUGAAGGACACAGAGAAAGGUUGGAGGGGGAGGUUUGGCUUGUUUGUUUUUUGCCAUAAUGUUUGGUUAACAGGCAGCCUUUUUGCUAGUGGAAGAAGAAAAAAGUUGUACGUGUUGUCUCAAAUUCCUCUGUCCUCUCUCUGAUCCUAGACACCAAACGCACUCACUUUGAGUGAGUUCCCCACCGUAAUGAUACGACCCUGAAAGUAGUGUGGAAAAGGAGAACCCCACCUCCUUGCACAACAUUGAAACAUGUAAGCUUUUCCCUUCCUUUUGAACACUUUCUUAACCCAAGACAAUAGUGUAGAUUCCUGGAGCUUCAUCUCUAAUUACUCUUUGGUUCCCUUUGUGGACUGUGGAGUCCUUUGUAAGGUGUGAUGCGCUUUCCCUUUAUCUGGAGAAGUUCCCCAGAACCUAUCUAAGCACUCCACCUAGCUCAGAGGACAUCCAGCCCCUGUGCCCAGCCUGUGAGAGAGGUGGGCCAGCCUCCAGGGAUAGAAAGGAGCAGGCAGGAAGUUUCCUGUCUGGAUCCCAGAAUCAGAGCACGCAUAGGGGGAAGCCUAGGGAUCUUUAUGGUGACACUGAAAGCCACCCUACCUUACAUCAGCCUGCCUCUGCCCUGCCCCAUUUCUCAGGGAAGCGAGUAUCUGAUAGGGCCAGUGUCACCAGAUCUUUAAAACCCUGGCUCCUCUGCAAGCUGCCCUGCUUUGCUACCCAUUCCCUACAUUUGCUUCUUCUUGGCUUCCUGGGGAAUGGGACAGAUGGAACAGACAAAUCAGUGUGGGCAACAUGUAAGCCAUGACCAAGGUUGGCCAGAGUAGAGACCCUGGUUUUCCAGCAGGGUAAGAAGUUGAGCAGUGGUUCCAGAUUCAUACCUGUGGACGCCUGGUCUGUGUGCUUUUCCUUGUUGCUUUUAAAAUUUUUGCUUUUAAGAGAUUUCAGCCUUCAGGCUAGUCCUUUUUAUUGAACUUCAAGUUUUUUUUUAUUGAUUUUUUUUUAAAGGUUAAAACAACAACAAAAGCCCUAAACAAAAGCCCCACUACUCUUUCUCCCCCCCCUUGACCUAUGAGAGCCUGCUCCCCAACCCCACACUCCCCUUUGCUUCUGCAGUUGACCAUCCUUCCUUUUUCCCCCGGCUAGAAGCAUCUCUGUCCAGUGUCUAUGAAAUGAUGCUUCACCUGUGUCUCAGGAUGAGAAAUGGCAAUCAUCCCAACCAGGUGCUGGAAACGGGCUAGCCUUGAGGCAAGGGUUUCUAGGGCCAUAGCUCAGGGAUGUGUAUUUAACUACAGGGUCCCAGAAACGCCUCUCUUGGCUGCCAUAAGCAACAUCUCCUUUCUGGGCUUGGGAGACAGACCCAGAUUGUUUCCUUCAGAGGCAGGAGUCCCAGAGGCUAUGGCUUCCUCUUUGGCCUUCCUGGGCCACCUUGAGACUUGAAGACUUCUGACUGUCCUGCAACACAAGCCUUGGCGGCCCCGCCUCUAGCAGCUUGUAAGAAGCCUGGCCCCUCUGCCCAGUCCGUUCUCCAUCUGACCUUCUCCUUCUGGGCCUACCACCCUAAGUGGGCCAUGGCUUGCUCAUGAAUUAGCUAUAGGCUCAGAAGGAAGCUAGGAGGAAGGCAGAGCCUGCUCCAAGCCCAAAAAAACGCUGUGAUCCUGCUGGGGGCUAGCCUUCCAAAUCCUGGAGCCAGCCCUGUCGGCCAAAGGAUCCUCUUUGCCCUUUGGUGACUGUUGUUUUCUUUGCUGAAAUGUCUUAUUAUAGGUGAUAAUGUUGUUGACUCAAAUUUCCAUGAAAAAAAAAAAAAAAAAAAAACUACCUCUCGAAUGACAUCCUGGUCGAUUCCUCUCAGAGGAAUCCUGUGGGAAAAGAAUACUGUAGCUCCUGCACUGUUUACAUGUUUCUGUCGGGAAAGAAACCCUGCCUGCCCUGGGGUGUUGGUGUUUUUGUCUGUGUUGCCAUCCCAGGCCUGUGAUAGGGGCUUGUGGCUGCAUUGUAAUGUCUGGCUGUGUCUGGGGAGUCCUUCCCACCUGCCCAGCAAGGGACAAGCCGCCCCCUUGAAGAGGCCUCCAUCUCCCUCCUCAGUUCCAGGCAUGGGGGGCACCACCUCCCACAGCACCACCCUCAGGGGUUCUGAUGGCACCUGCGUCGUGAGCCUACCCCAGGCUACGUACCCGGGUCCACCUCCACCCACGGUCCUGGGAGGAAUCGGGUGAACAGGAUGUCUCUGAGCCCUUGUUCCCAAAGGGCCGGCCAAGGGCUGCCUGCCAGCCUGGCUCCAUCUACCCUGCAUGACCAAAUGGUAGUUGGCGGGCUCUGCGGGCUACUCAGGCCUUCUGCUACCUCCCCCACCUGCCUGCCGGCAAGGGAUGGGCCCCGUUUUGUGAAUUGACUACCUGUGGAAAUGUGACCAAUUAGUGUGAAAUGCAUGUUUAGCAAGUAUUAGGUACUGUAUUUGAACCAAUAAAUGUGAAUCCUGCACAUGCA